AUGGAUGCACUCACUAUACUGCUUGUUGUCAUCCUGAUUGUCCUGGUUCUGUUAUUUUUGGUCAAAAUAACAGCUCCUGACCACAGCAGCUUUAAAAAAAUGGGCAUAGCUACAUCUCCUCCAUCUUGGCUGCUUGGUAAUUUCAUGUUGGAAAUAAAGCAUGGUAUUUUUGAAGUGCAGCGGAUUUUUCAUAAACAGUUUCAUAAUGAAAAGGUAUAUGGCUGGUAUGGCUGGAGAACUAAAGUAAUAAUUGCCAGGGAUCUGGAUAUUGUAAAAGAGAUUCUUGUUAAAAAUUUCAACAACUUUGUUGAUCGGAGAGAUUUCUUUUCUGUAGACUCUCCUUUGAAAGAGAGUAUACUUUUUCUCAAUGGAGAGCACUGGAAACAAGUGAGAAAGGUAGUUAGUCCAACCUUCAGCUCAAGCCGUAUAAAGGUUAUGUCCCAUCACAUAGAACGCAAUGCCAAGAUACUGCUGGAACACAUUCAUACAUUACAGGAGUCAGGCAAGGAGCUUGAGCUGCGAGAGUUCAUUUCAUCAUUUACCUUAGAUGUGAUAGCCAGUACAGGUUUUGGUCUAGAAAUCAAUACCCUACAACACCCAAACUCUAAAUUUGCUACGGAAGCUCAUAAGAUACUAAACCCCAAUCCUGUUCUUUUCUGCUUUGCUUUUAUGUAUCCUUAUUUAGGAAUACUGUUUUCAAAGAUGAGCUUACCAUUUUUCCCCAAGAAAUCCAUUAAUUUUUUUACACAAGUUGUUGAUAACGCUAUAGAACAAAGGAAAAGAGAAGGGCUCAAUGGAAAAGUGAAUGACUUCCUUGAUCUCAUCAUGAAUGCUGAAAAAACUGAUGUCCAGCAGGACAAAGAACUUAGCAGAGUUGAAAUACAUGCUCAAGCUUUAGCGCUCAUCAUUGCUGGGUUCGACACUGUGGCAACUGCGCUUUCUUUCACCUUGUUCUUCAUCACCAUGCACCCAGACUGCUGCAAACGCGUGCAGGAAGAAAUAGAUGAAAAAUGUGGUCAAACCCCACCAAAUUACGAAAACGUCCAGUCAAUGGCUUACCUUGACAUGUGCAUCAAUGAAUCCCUUCGAAUGGCCCCGCCGGCGUUUUUAAUAAACCGUGUCUGCGUACAGGAGACUGUGGUCCAAGGCAUAAGAUUUCCUAAAGGUAUGGACUUUGCUGUCCCUGUCUAUGCUUUCCACACCGACCCGGAAAUCUGGCCUGAACCAGAGAAAUUUGACCCUGAAAGAUUUACAGAAGAAAAUAAAGAGUCUCGCCAUCCCUAUGCGCAUAUUCCUUUUGGCCAAGGGCCAAGAAACUGUAUUGGCAUGAGGCUAGCUCUCCUGGAAAUGAAAAUUGCCUUAGCUUCAAUCUUGCAAAAGUUUACCCCAGUGUCCUGUAGUAAGACUGUGUACCCAAUAAAGCUGAGUAAAAUGCAAGUUAGAGCUGCAGACGGCCUGUGGGUUAAGUUUGAUGCCAGAAAAUAAACAAAAUCAUCUGUCCUAAAAAA